AUGGCGGACACCGCUCCCAAAGUUGCCGAAAAGGAACGCCGUGAGGCGCCGGAGUCCGUCGAAACAAAGGCGAGACUGCUGGCGGAGAGAAUCAGGAUGAGCAAGCACUUCAUUGCGUUUACAGGAGCCGGCAUCUCCACGUCUGCUGGAAUACCGGACUUCAGAGGCCCAGAGGGUGCAUGGACGCUCAGAGCUCAAGGGAGACAGCGGGUCGGGAAGACGACGAGCACACUACAAGCUAUCCCGACGCCCACUCAUAUGGCCCUGGUUGAGCUGCAGAACCGCGGGCUGUUGAAAUACCUAGUCAGCCAGAAUUGCGAUGGGCUGCAUAGAAGAAGUGGCAUGUUGCCGGAGCGAAUUUCAGAGCUGCAUGGAAACAGCAACAGGGAGUACUGCAAAGAUUGCGAUAAGGAAUACCUUCGCGAUUUCCGAGCUGUGUCGACAUUUGAAAAGUCCAUUCAUGACCACCGCACCGGACGCAAGUGCGCGAGGUGCGGCGGCGUCCUCCUCGACACCAUCAUCAACUUUGGUGAAAAUCUCUGGGAGGAGCCUCUCUCACGCGCGCGCGAGAAUGCAAGCAAGGCAGACCUAUGUCUUGCUUUGGGUUCCUCACUGACCGUCAGCCCUGCAAAUGAGAUCCCAGAAACGGUCGGGAGGAAGAAGCGCGGCCGGACUGCUGCCGGUGGGCAGCUUGCAAUCUGCAACCUCCAGAGCACGCCGAUAGACGAGCUGGCGCAGCUACGGGUAUGGUCCACCACGGACGACCUCAUGAUACAAGUCAUGAAGAAUCUCGACAUACCGAUCCCGGUGUUCAUACUCCGUCGCCGGCUGUUGAUAGAGUUUCAGACGACCGGGGACGGAAGGCACCAAAUUACCGCCUGCGGUGUUGAUGUUGACGGGACACCGGUGACAUUUGUUCAGUCGGUCAAGCUUGCGUACAACAGGCGCGUUGCGCGAUCUGAGCCCUUCGUCAUCAACUUCCGCGGCGAUAUCGAAGUAGGGGCGCAGUUUGAGCUCGAGCUUGAGUUCAUGGGCCACUAUGCAGAGCCGAACUUGAUGGUUACGUACCACUACACGGGCAAGAUGGAUGAAAAGGUCCUGCAUUUACUUGAGUACAAUCCGGCUACCGGAGAGUGGAAGACGAGUAGGCUGGUUGAGGACGCGGCAGCUGAUGUUCAGCAAGAGGGUGCUGGUGAUGUCGAAGCGCAUGAAGAUCACUCAAUUAUUGAUCUUACGUCAGAUUGA